CGCCGGAAGCGAGGGGCCUCCGGGGCCUACGUGGGGCAGCCUGCUCCGCUUGCGCCCACGCCUUCUGCUCCAAUUGCUUUCCCAACCAAGCGGCAAAGCCGGGGUCGUGCUGCCGGGGCCCUGGGAAGCGGGACGCAUGGGCACUGCGCCUGGAGUCCAUCGCUGCGCCUUCCCGCCCACGGGGCGUCCGGUCACCGUCCCUGAAGCCCCAGCCUGCCAGACCGGAGCCCAUACUGACGUCAAGGGACACCGGGUUCCCUAGGAGCCACCCCAGGCUUAAUGAUUGUCCAGAAGGUGCCUAUAAAGGGAGCCUGGGAGGCUGGGUGGAGGAGGGAGCAGAAAAAGCCCAACUCAGCAGAUCUGAGCACUUGAGAGCCUCAAUCAGGAGCCGUGGUCAGAGGCUCUGUGUCCCGGCCAGUAGGGCCUGCUCUUUCCCACCAUGGCGGCCCGAGGCUACGGCUAUUACCGCACUGUGAUCUUCUCGGCCAUGUUUGGAGGCUACAGCCUGUACUACUUCAACCGCAAGACCUUCUCUUUUGUCAUGCCGUCGCUGGUGGAGGAGGUCCCUCUGGACAAGGAUGACUUGGGGCUCAUCACCAGCAGCCAGUCGGCAGCCUACGCCAUCAGCAAGUUUGUGAGCGGGGUGCUGUCUGACCAGAUGAGUGCUCGCUGGCUCUUCUCUUCCGGGCUUCUCCUGGUUGGCCUGGUCAACGUAGUCUUUUCCUGGAGCUCCGCAGUACCUGUCUUUGCUGCUCUCUGGUUCCUCAAUGGCCUGGCACAGGGGCUGGGCUGGCCCCCAUGUGGCAAGGUCCUGCGGAAGUGGUUUGAGCCAUCUCAAUUUGGCACUUGGUGGGCCGUCCUAUCAACCAGCAUGAACCUGGCUGGAGGGCUGGGCCCCAUCCUGGCAACCAUCCUCGCCCAGAGCUAUAGCUGGCGCAGCACGCUGGCCCUGUCGGGGGCACUGUGUGUGGUUGUCUCCUUCCUCUGUCUCCUGCUCAUCCACAAUGAACCUGCUGAUGUUGGACUCCGCAACCUGGACCCCACACCCUCCAAGGGCAAGAAGGGCUCCCUGAAGGACGAGAGUACCUUACAGCAGCUGCUGCUGACCCCCUACCUGUGGGUGCUCUCCACUGGCUACCUUGUGGUGUUUGGAGUCAAGACGUGCUGUACUGACUGGGGCCAGUUCUUCCUUAUCCAGGAGAGAGGACAGUCAGCCCUCGUGGGUAGCUCCUACAUGAGUGCCCUGGAGGUUGGGGGCCUUGUAGGCAGCAUCGCAGCUGGCUACCUGUCAGACCAGGCCAUGGCCAAGGCACGGCUGUCCAUGUACGGGAACCCCCGCCAUGGCUUGCUGCUGUUCAUGAUGGCUGGCAUGACAGUGUCCAUGUACCUCUUCCGGGUAACUGUGACCAGUGACUCCCCCAAGGAUGUUGCUUUCUGGACUCCGGCUCUUCACCCUCUCGCUGAGCUCACAGGCUUUACAGAGCAUGAGCUCUGGAUCCUGGUGUUGGGAGCUGUGUUUGGUUUCUCCUCUUAUGGUCCCAUUGCCUUGUUCGGAGUUAUAGCCAAUGAGAGUGCCCCUCCCAACUUGUGUGGCACCUCCCAUGCCAUUGUGGGACUCAUGGCCAAUGUGGGCGGCUUUCUGGCUGGGUUGCCCUUCAGCACCAUUGCGAAGCAUUACAGCUGGAGCACAGCCUUCUGGGUGGCUGAAGUGAUCUGUGCGGCCAGCACAGGUGCCUUCUUCCUUCUACGAAACAUCCGCACCAAGAUGGGCCGAGCGCCCAAGAAGGCUGAGUGAAGACAGUGCAGGCUCUGGAGCAUCCUGUCCCACUUGUGGCCUCUCCCCUCCACGGGGGUGGGGGAAGGGAGGGAGGGGACUAUCUGACUAGCACCUUUGACUUUCCCUUUCUGCUCCCUUUCCCUCAUCCAAGUGGCACUGGAAGUUAUCAGUGGCUAAUGAGGUCCCAGCUUCCCAUUUGAUCUCUAUUUAAAAGACAACCUUUGUUCUUGGACUCCAUUAGCUCCUAUUUCCUGGCUUCAAAGAGGAAACCCCUGCACUCAGGGAGUCUCCUAUAUCCUUCUCCCUCUCUUGGGCCCUGCCCUGUCCCCAUCCCACCCCAUCCUCACCUGAGGUGAGGCUCCUCCUGCAGCAGCAGGGCAGCAAUGGCCUAGGACCUCUGCCCUGAGGCCUCUCAGCUGGGGGCAACUGCUCCUGCCAAUACCUUGGACUCCAGGGGAAGAGGGUCACUCUCACCAAUACCCAGGGUACAGUAGGGGGGUAUGGGUGGGAGAGUAGAAAGAUUUGUUACAGAAAAUUAAAACUAGAUUUGAUACUAAA